UUUCUGAGGGUACUUAGUUCUUUAAUUUUGUGGAAGACGGAGGAGAAUUCUUUAUUAGCUUCAUCAAAAUCUGAGAGUUGUUUAAUUUGAUGGGCUGAUCCACAAGGCUGAAAGACCUUUUCUAUACUGCUUUUUUUUCAGUGCAAAGAAGUAACAAAAAUCAAAGAUUAAAAAGAAAUUCUUGAGAAAUCUAUGGCGACAUAUUUUCAUGGUAAUUCGGAAAUUCAAGGUGGUGGUGUUGAUGGCGGCCUUCAAACUCUUGUCCUCAUGAACCCCGGAUACAUACAAUUCUCCGACACGCCGCCGCCUCCGCCACCACACGGCGGAAACCUUAUGCUUCUCAACUCUCUCGCUGCCGCCGGAAACUCCUCCCUCGCUCCUCACGCGCCGCUAUCACAGCAAUUCCUUGGUGUGCCUCUCGCGGCUGAGCACAUGCAGGGCCACCAUGAUGUCUCGGUUGCGCUGCAUGGUUACGCGCCGCGAGGGCACUACAACCUUUGGAACACAAUUGACCCUACUACUGCCGCGCGUGAUGCUACACGCGCCACACAAGGACUCUCUCUAAGCCUUCCAGCUAUGUCGGGGGACGAUGUUCGAGUCUCCGGUGGGUCCCCGUCUUCUGCUUCCGGGGUUACCAACGGUGGAGGCGGUGUUUCGGGAAUUCAGAGUGUGUUAUUGAAUUCAAAGUACUUAAGGGCCACACAAGAGCUUCUAGAAGAGGUUGUGAAUGUUAAUAAUAACAACGAUGUUAAUAAUAAUAAUAAUAAUAAUAAUAUGAAGAAGAAGAGUUUUGAGAAGGCUAAGGUUGGUGUCGGAGAAUCUUCAUCAAACGGUGGUAAUAGUGGUGGAGAUGGUUCGGUUGGUGAAGGAAGUGAGAAGCGUUGUGCUGAGUUAUCAGCCACAGAGAGACAAGAAAUUCAGAUGAAGAAAGCAAAGUUAAUCACCAUGCUUGAUGAGGUGGAGCAAAGAUACAGGCAAUACCAUAAUCAAAUGCAGAUAGUAAUAUCAUCAUUUGAGCAAGCAGCUGGGAUUGGAUCAGCAAGAACAUACACUGCCCUUGCAUUGCAAACAAUCUCAAAGCAAUUUAGGUGCUUGAAGGAUGCCAUAACUGGACAAAUUAAAGCUGCAAAUAAGAGCUUAGGUGAAGAGGACUACUUUGGUGGAGGCAAAAUUGAAGGGUCAAGGCUUAAAUAUGUUGACCAUCAUCUAAGGCAACAGAGAGCUAUACAACAACUGGGAAUGAUGCAUCACAAUGCUUGGAGACCCCAGAGAGGACUCCCGGAGAGAUCGGUUUCCGUUCUACGCGCUUGGCUGUUCGAACAUUUUCUUCAUCCUUAUCCCAAGGAUUCAGACAAACACAUGCUUGCAAAACAAACAGGGCUUACAAGGAGCCAGGUAUCAAAUUGGUUCAUAAAUGCAAGAGUUAGGCUUUGGAAACCAAUGGUGGAGGAAAUGUACUUAGAGGAAAUGAAGGAUCAUGAUAUGAACAAUAGUAACAACAACAAUGUCUCUGAGGACAACAAAUCAAGCAAGAGCAAUGAAGAUCCAAACAAUGCUAAAAAUUCGCCACCUCGAGACAGCAAUUCUGAAUCCGAUACCAAAAAGAGCUUCAAUUCGAAACAAGAAAACAACGUUUCAAUUUCGACACCAACUUCGCAAAUCGGCGGAAAUUCAAGGAACAACAACAAUAAUAAUAGUUCAGGAUUCAGCUUCAUGGGAUCAUCAGAAUUAUUAGAUGGAAUCACACAAGGUAGUAGUCCUAAGAAGCCAAGGAGCAAUGAAAUUGUUCAUCAUAGCCAAAACAAUAAUAAUAAUAAUAAUAACAACAAUGAAUACUCGUUCAUCAAUAAUGUUGGGAACCAAACAAACUUCAUUGGUGGAUUUGGACAAUACCCUAUUGAUGAAAUUGCAAGAUUUGAUGCUGCUGCUGCUGAAAAUUUUACAAGAUUCUCAGGUAAUAAUAAUCAUAGUAACAAUAAUGGUGUAUCACUCACUCUUGGUCUUCCACAUUGUGACACAUUCCAGAACAUUCAACUAGGAAGAAGAUUGGAUCAUAUGAGUGGUGAACAACAUUCAAAUGAGUUUGGUGCAGUUAACAACACUCAAAAUCCUCAUCACUCUUCAGCUGCAUUUCAGAGUAUGCAGAAUUCAAAGAGGUUUGCUGCACAAUUGUUGCCAGAUUAUGUGGCCUAAUUAAUAUAAUAAUUAAAUAACAAUAAUACAUUGUUAUAUUUUUAGUGUAUAGAAACUAAAGAAGGGGAUUUUAUUAGUUACUCUAGCAUAGGUCCUAUACUUUUGCAUAGAACCAUUUUAGUAUAUUCUUAGAUAGGUUUAGGGUAUUUCAGAUUUCAGAUUUUAUUAUAUGAUUGAAGUUGUAUAUUAUUUUUGUAAGUUUUAUAGAUGGGAUUGGUUGUUAUAAAAGUUCUUCAAAGUCAAAGAUCACAAUAUAUACAUUUGAUUGGGGA